AUGGUCUAUAAUACUUUAAGACUAUUAGUAGUAUACAUCACAUCAGCUGUCGUUGAGCAGAAAGGAAAAGGAAAAGGAAAAGGAGAGAGACAAGGAAAAGAAAAAGGAAAAGAAAGAAAAGGAAAAGAAGGAAAAGGAGAAAAGGAAAAGGAAAAAGAGAGGGAGAGGGAAAAGGAAAAGAGUAAUGGUGGUAGCGGUGGUGGUGGCGGUCUUUUUAGCAAGGUCGUCUCUAUGAUGUCAUCAGACACUGCUCCCAAGGAAAAAGAUUCCUCUUCCUCUUCAUCUACUUCGUCCUCAUCUUCAUCUCAACAACCUUUCCAUGCAUCUGCCAAUGUUGCACCAGUCGUAGUAUUGUCAACUCCAGUCACCAAAGAGAAUCAUGCCAAAGCAAUGGACUUUUGGACAAACCAAUCAACUGGUACUCAGGUGACAGCCACCCCUUCUCCCAACAGCAGUAUUGGUGGUCCAUCCAUAACAGUCGGUCAAUCCGAUCCUAAAAUCAGUCUCAAUAAUAGUGGAACUAAUAAUCCAAACAACAACAAUAGUAAUAGUAAUAAUAGUAGUAGUAAUGGUGGUAAUAAUAGUGGUAGCACGAGCACACAAUCAUCCUCCUCCACCAAUACUUCUUCUAGUAACGAUAAAUCCUCAUUCUUUUCCAAACCCAAAGAUAAUCAAUCACCAAAAGACAGAGAUUCAAAUGCCAAGGAUAGCAAAGACAAAGAUGUAAAUAACUCGCCAUCUGGGUCAUCGCCAACGCUCUCUAAAAAGGAGAGAAAAGAAAAAGAAAAAGAAUCCAAAGAAAAGGAAAAAGAAAAGGAAAAGGAAUCAAAAGAAAAGGAAAAAGAAUCAAGGGAAAAAGAUAAAGAUAAAGAUAAAGAUCAUGAAGAUGGAGGAGGAGUAGGAGAUGAAAAUAGAAAGAGACAUGUUAGUUCAUUUUUAAUGUUUAUUAGUUCAUAUGCCGAUGCGAUCAAGACAAUGAUAGAUGCUUAUUAUGCACCAUUGAAAAAGAAUGAUCAAUUACUUUCACAAGAGGAAACAAGAAAGAUUUUCUCAGUCAUUGAAAACAUAUCUAGUUUUAAUCAUGUCAUUCUUGAUGACCUCAAGAAACUUGUACAGAAUUGGUCAACUUCUUCUCCAGCUGCUCUUUUAUCUAUAUUUUCACAAUUUAUUGGAUAUUUAAAAUUAUACAAGGUUUAUGCUUUGUAUAUUAAUUAUGGAUUAUCUUCAUUAUGUUCAUUGUCAUUCAAUAACACUCGUUUUGAUCAUUUCCUUAAAACAGUUGAACAAAAACUACAAAAUGAUCAAAACUUUAAAUCAAAUUCUUUGGUUGAAUUUUCAAAGAAUGGAAUUUUUAAACCAAUAUCAUUAUCUGAAAUAUUGGGUAUUGUACCUACGACAAAUACAUCGACAAAUUCUACUUCACCAUUGGUUCAAUUGAGAAGAACGACAGGUGGAGCAAUGGCCACGGCCAAAUUUACAUCUGAAUAUAGUUUUAGUGGUCUACCUUCACUCAUGGUUCUUCCAGUUCAUUUCCUUGCAAGAUUCAAUAUAUUUUUCAAGAGUUUUAUCGAAUCUAUUCCAAAAUCGGCACCACAAGAAUAUCAAUCCUAUUCCAAACUUUUUAAACAAGUCGGAGCCAUGGCCAAAGAAAUUGUCAAUGACUCUGAAAAUAUUAAUCGUGUCAUUUCAAUUUCAAAUUCAAUCAAAUCAAAUACUAUUGGUUUAUUUCAUAAUUCCGAAAUUGUUCAAAAUCGUAGAUUUAUUAAAGAAGGAAACUUAAUUGAACAAUUUAAUAGUCAACGUACAACUUUUUAUACGUUCCUUUUUAACGAUAUCAUUCUAUUCACUGAAAAGAUGGAUGAGACCACAAGCGGUUCACUCAUCCCUUACGAAGGUUCACUUUAUCUACUCAAAAAGUUGGAAAGAAUUCAAAAUUGUCAAGUUGAGGAAACACCCGAACUUGGUUUUGAAUAUAGAAAAGGAUUCCAAAUUAAAACAAAGGAAUAUUCAAUAUUUUAUAUGGCAACUAAUGAAAAGGAAAAGACUGAAUGGUUCCAAGGUUUGUCACAAGUGACAAAGGGUGGAAGUGGUGGAACAAACACAUCGACCAAUGUUGCUUUGCCAAGAGGUGAACCAAUUGUAGAGGUGGAGGAAUUUGAUGAGGAAGAGGUAAAGGAUAUACCAUCGCUCAUCAAAGCCAUCCAAAGCGGACAGAGACAAAAGUUGGAGCUCACUACAGCAUUGCUCAAGACAGCUGAUCCAAAACCACUUUUCACUCUGUUGACACAGUCUAUGCUUGUGAGCAAUUUGACGUUGACCCCUAGCGCAUACACUGAAAAGAUUGGACAGAUGUUGACCAUGACAAUGGCUGUAAAUAGAUCGAUUACACAUUUGACAUUGACGUUGAAUAAUAUUGGCGACCAGUGUGCAUGUGCGUUGGGUGAUGCGUUACGUUUCAACGUGACUGUUACACAACUCGAGCUCAACGAGAAUAAUAUUAGCGAUAGAGGGUAUGAAGCAUUGGUCGAUGACGCUGUUGAUGCAACGCAACCAUUUGAGUCGUCUGCCUCCUCAGCUGUUUACCAAUCUCACUCAGUUGACUGCAUUCUCGAUCAAUGGGUCACCGUGCUUCCAUCCGGCCAAGCAGCGUGUGCUCGAGGCGUGGGCUACAAAGGUCACCAAGCUCGACUUGUCCGAUUCGAAUCUAUCGCAUGUACCUCUUGA